UGGGAGUUGGAGAGCGCAGAGCGGAGAUUGAAACUGACCUGGAACUUCAGUGGCGCCGAGACUUGCCAGUUUCACUCCAGGAACUUUUCUUUGCAGGAGGGAGGAGAGAAGGGGUGCAAUCGCCCCCGCUUUCUGCUCUCUCUUCCCCUCCUCCUCUCCAGUUCGCCUUCCCCCACUUGGAGCGGGCAGCUGCGGGCUGGCCCCCGCGCGCCUUCCUAAACGCUCGUCCCUGCGGCCGAGUGACGCGCCAGGCUCCCCGGGAGCUGCUCGCCCCGCGCCCGGGCCGCCGAGGGGAGAGGAGCCCGCGCCUCGAGUGCCCGAGCCGCCGCGGCUUCUCGCCUUUCCCGGCCACCCGCCCCCUGCCCCGGGCCUGCGUAUGAAUCUCCUGGACCCCUUCAUGAAGAUGACCGACGAGCAGGAGAAGGGCCUGUCCGCCGCCCCUAGCCCCACCAUGUCCGAGGACUCGGCGGGCUCGCCCUGCCCUUCGGGCUCCGGCUCCGACACCGAGAACACGCGGCCCCAGGAGAACACGUUCCCCAAGGGCGAGCCGGACCUGAAGAAGGAGAGCGAGGAGGACAAGUUCCCCGUGUGCAUCCGCGAGGCCGUCAGCCAGGUGCUGAAGGGCUACGACUGGACGCUGGUGCCCAUGCCGGUGCGCGUCAACGGCUCGAGCAAGAACAAGCCGCACGUCAAGCGGCCCAUGAACGCCUUCAUGGUGUGGGCGCAGGCGGCGCGCAGGAAGCUGGCCGACCAGUACCCGCACCUGCACAACGCCGAGCUCAGCAAGACGCUGGGCAAGCUCUGGAGACUGCUGAACGAGAGCGAGAAGCGGCCGUUCGUGGAGGAGGCGGAGCGGCUACGCGUGCAGCACAAGAAGGAUCACCCGGACUACAAGUACCAGCCGCGCCGGAGGAAGUCGGUGAAGAACGGCCAGGCGGAGGCCGAGGAGGCCCCGGAGCAGACGCACAUCUCGCCCAACGCCAUCUUCAAGGCGCUGCAGGCCGACUCGCCGCACUCCUCCUCUGGCAUGAGUGAGGUGCACUCCCCCGGCGAGCACUCGGGGCAAUCCCAGGGUCCACCGACGCCCCCCACUACCCCCAAAACUGACGUGCAGCCAGGCAAGGCCGACCUGAAGCGGGAGGGGCGCCCCCUGCCAGAGGGGGGCCGGCAGCCCCCCAUCGACUUCCGCGACGUGGACAUCGGCGAGCUGAGCAGCGACGUCAUCUCCAACAUGGAGACCUUCGACGUCCACGAGUUCGACCAGUACCUGCCGCCCAACGGGCACCCGGGGGUGCCGGCCACGCACGGCCAGGUCACCUACACGGGCAGCUACGGCGUGAGCAGCACGGCGGCCAGCCCGGCGGGCGCGGGCCACGUGUGGAUGUCCAAGCAGCAGGCGCCGCCGCCGCCCCCGCAGCAGCCGCCGCCGCCCCCGCCGCAGCCGGCCCCGCCGCAGGCGCCCCCGCAGCCGCCGCCGCCGCCGCCGCAAGCCGCCCCGCCGCAGCCCGCCCCGCCGCAGGCGCCCCCGCAGCAGCCGCCGCCGCCGGCGCACGCGCUGGGCGCGCUGGGCAGCGAGCCGGGCGCGGCGCAGCGAACGCACAUCAAGACGGAGCAGCUGAGCCCGAGCCACUACAGCGAGGCGCAGCAGCACUCGCCGCAGCAGGUCGCCUACAGCCCCUUCAGCCUCCCGCACUACGGCCCCGCCUACCCGCCCAUCACGCGCGCGCAGUACGACUACAGCGACCCCCAGAGCUCGGGCGCCUACUACAGCCACGCGGCGGGCCAGGGCUCCGGCCUCUACUCCACCUUCAGCUACAUGAGCCCGGCGCAGCGGCCCAUGUACACGCCCAUCGCCGACACCUCGGGGGUGCCCUCCAUCCCCCAGACCCACAGCCCGCAGCACUGGGAACAGCCGGUGUACACACAGCUCACCAGACCCUGAGAAGAGCUCGCCCGGGGCGGGGGCCGCGAGGCUGGCCGUGAUGAUCGCAGAAAGAACCGAAGAAACAAACGCGCGACCCUUUGGACAUUUUUUUUUUUUUUUUCUUCUCUCUCUCUCUCUCUCUCUUUUUUUGUUUUUUUUUUUAAAGACACGUUAACGCUGAAGGCGACUCGGACGCAGAUCCCAAGACACUAAACGUUGAGCUAUCCAGACGCAUCACCGCCUUGUCGUUAGACCGGUGGCCAGCUCACUCUUGGCUAGAAUGGACCGGCGGAACCGACGCCGGAACUGGACUGGAAACCUUCAAAGCGGGCGUGGAGGACGAUGGAGAUUCUCUCGUGUGACCAACUUUGCUCAGUUCUCUCUGCCUGUUUGGACUUCGUAAUUAUUUUUUAGCAGUAAUUAAAGAAAAAGAAAGUCCUCUGUGAGGAAUAUUCUCUAUUUUAAAUAUUUUUUAGUAUGUACUGUGUAUGAUUCAUUACCAUUUUGAGGGGAUUUAUACAUAUUUUUAGAUAAAAAGAAUUAAAUGCUCUUAUUUUUCCAACAGCUAAAACUAGUUUGAACAGCGUGCCCUAGCUUUUCUUGCAGCCAGAGUAUUUUUGUACAGAUUUGCUUUCUCUUACAAACAAACAAAGGAACGAAAAAACAGCAAAAAAAAAAAAAAAGAAGAAAAAAAAAAAAGGAUGUGUGUUAUAUUAACCUGCAGAAGCCGCAGAUUUGUGUUACUGGGCAGUUUGGGGAGGGUGAGCUUUGCUUAACUCCUCAGGCUUUCCAAUUCAAGGAAAAGUUGCCUUAGAAAGAAAAAUCAAGGCCUUAUUUUGCAAAGACAGAAGUAAACAAUAGUCUAGAGACUAUUGCGUGAGCAUCUGGUAAGCUUUAUCAUAUAUAUGUUUUUUAAGCAAGAAAAAAAAAAAGCCACCUUAAA